ACGUAUGCUUCAAUAUUUUUUCUAUGGCAACACUGACUAGGCAGAAUAACUCGACAUCCUUGUAGACAUUUCAUUCACAUUCAUAAAAAAGUUACAUAAAAGUGAAGUGUACACUACAACGUGAAGGACGUUUAUUUUCAAGACAUUUAAUUAUUUUGCUUUCGUUUAAAUUGUAGUUUUUCAAUUUAAAUAAGUGCAUUGUGGAUGGAUUGUCAUCUUUGGACGAUACAAUUGUUGCAACGAGAUGUUUAUUGAAAAUCCUGACGCUUUCAAGUCGUGGUUGACCUCCAUAUUGGAACCCCUAUGUGAUGCCGACCCAGCCGCCCUCGCCAAAUAUGUUUACGCUCUCGUCAAAAAGGACAAACCGCUUGAGGAGCUUCGGGAGGUGAUGGUGGAUCAGCUGGACGUGUUCCUCCAACAGGAAACAAAGCCGUUCGUUGAGAUGCUCUUCAAAUCGUUGGAGAGCAAUGAGUAUUUGAAGCCAGGGCGGGAGGAGAAAGAAAAGCUGCCCUCUCCGCCCCCCGCCGACGUCGAACCGGCAAAGGAGCCUGAAGUAGAAAAUAAUAACGGUGUGGCAGGUGUAGCAGGAGCAGCCGGUGUAGCCGGUGCGGCGGGUGCGGCGGCUGUGGCGGCGCCGGCGCCGGGCGCGGCGCUGUCGGGCGUGCCGCGGCGCGCGCGCUCCCCGGCGGCGGGCGCGGGGGCGCCCGCGCGCCUCGUGGUGUCGCGCGGGGCCCGCGCCGUCGCGCCCCGCGCUCCCCACAGCGAACACACGCUCGUCAAGGUAUUACCGUUGACUGAACUUCUAGAAGAACCAGUAGACCAGCCACCGAGAAGAAGAGAUAGACGAAAUGAUUCGACGCGCGACAAGGAGGACCGGCGGCGUCGCCGCUCGCGCUCGUGGGAGCGGCGCGCGCGGCAGCGGCGCCACGCGCGCGAGCCCGACCACGCGCCCGACACGCGCAGACGAGCGCUUUCCCGUUCGCCGUCGCCGCGCGGUCGCUACAGAAACAGAAGUCCGCCGCCGCCCGCCAGCGACAGGCAGAACAGUCGCUCUAGAUCAAGAUCACCGGCGGGACGGGAUCGAGACCACGAGCGAGAACGGGACAGACUGAGGGUGCCACGCGAGUUGGAGCGAGACAGGAUGUCUCGAGACCGAGACCACAGGGACCGACUGUCUCGCUCUAGGGAUAGGGACCGAUCUCGGGAGAGGUCACGUGACAGGUCACGCGGGUCAACCUCCCCCCACCAAGAGACGAGGCUCGAUCACAACGACGCCUACAAACGAAGGUGUAGAGAUUUCGAUGAGAAGGGCUACUGCAUGCGCGGCGACCUGUGCCAGUGGGACCACGGCAGCGACCCCGUCGUGCUGGAGGACGCGGCCGCCGCGCUCACCUCCGUGUUGGCGCUGCCGCCGCCCGUGCCCGAAUACAACCCGUUGACGCCGGACAUCUGGUGCGGAGGCUUCCCCGCCUACCCGCCGCCGCACCCGCACCACCCACACCCGCCGAGAGAGCUCAUCCCCAUACCCAGCGAGCGCGUGUCGAGCGCGGCGGGCCGCCCGCGCGCCGCCGCGCCGCGCCCGCCGCCGCCUCACAAGAAGAACUUCGACUACAACCGCUUUGGUUCUACUCGUCCUCCGCUGCCGGCUAACGCGGCGAAUUGCUCCUUAGAAGUCAAGAAAGUACCGAGAGGACUCAACGACAUCACGCAUUUGAACAAUCACUUUUGUAAAUUCGGCAAGAUUGUUAAUAUACAGGUUUGUUACGACGGCGACCCCGAAGCGGCUCUGAUAACUUUUAGCAAUCCAACCGAGGCCAACGUCGCUUAUAAGAGUACGGAAGCGGUCCUUAACAACAGAUUUAUCAAGGUCUUCUGGCAUAACCCUGAGAAUAAACAAGAAAACAUGGCGCCUGGCGGCCAGCAAGCUAACAAGCAGGCCGACAGACAGAACUCGCAACAUCCGAUGUCACAUAAUAAAGUGUUGAUCAACCGAGACAAUAUCAAGGCGACAGCUGAUAAUAAUGCGAAGCAGUUGCAGGAAAAGCAAGAGAAAGAACUGGCUAACGGCGUGGAGCCGAAGAAGGAAGCGGCGAAGCCUUCGAUAGCGAAGAGCAAACAAGUGAUGGAAAUGCACAAGCGGGCGCAGGCGCUGCUGCACACGCAGCUGCAGCAACAGCUGCUGCUCAUACAGCGGCUGGAGAGCGGUAACGUUACAGGGGCCCAACGAGCUGCCUUAUUAGAAGCUAUCAAUUCAGCACAAGAAGGCAUCGAGAAACUAAGAAAGGAGUUGGUCGCGUACAACGGUACCCUAAAACAGAUGCAGGACGAGUCGGUCGCCAGAAACAUGUCUCGGCUACAUCUGCAGCAGGCAAAGAAACCCAAGACCAAGGAGGAGGCGCAGAAGGAGAUCCUCGAUGCUGAACUGGAUCUGUUUACGAAACAGCAGGAAGGCCAAGACGUAACGGAGCUGACGAAGAAGAUUGCCGAGCUCCGCCGACAGAUGGCGAUACAGUUCCCAUCGCACAACAUGAUGAGAAGACCGCAUGCAAGGGGCGGGCGGUUCAACACGCCGACCCGCUUCACGCGCGGCGGCAUCGCCACCAAGAUGUUCAGCGUCAACCAGUCGGUGGACCACAGACCGAGGGCGCUGCUCAUAUCCGGCUUCGAAGCCGACGAGCUCGAUGCUCUGGUUGCACAUUUUUCUCAAUAUGGAGAGGUGAUCAGCAAGGAAGUAGAGCUGUCUGUCCCUCAGUUGGUUCUGCAGUACAAGUCGCGCCAGCACGCCGAACACGCCGCCGCCAACGGGAAGCAUUACAACGACAGGACGCUCUCGAUAACGUGGACGGCGAACACGAGCGCGAGCACGAACAACGCGAGCCGGGCGCCCGACGCUCGCCCCGCGCGCAACGGGGAACUAGAAACUAAGGACGAGGUGAGGACACCAUUAUUUUUUGUUAAGUAG